AUGGUAAGACGUGUUGAAUGGAAGGAAGUCGGUGUUGAAUCUGGACCAACUUUUUUGGCACCUGCAUAUGUGACCUCAAAAGACACGGAACUUGUUUACACCUCUGGAUGUGUUGGUUCGGAUUUGCUAACUGGGGAAAUCCCAGAAGAUCUUGAAAAGCAAGUCAGAAAUGCCUUAGAUAACUUAGGUAGAGUUUUAAAAGCAUCUAACUCGAGCUUCGACGACGUCUUAAAGAUUCUACUUUUCGUGGCAGACGGAAGUUACGCAAGUACCGUCAACGCAGUUUACAAGGAAUAUUUCCCAGAAAGACCAGCCAGAAGUUGCAUCGUGGUCAGCUUUCCUGAUCCGACACUAAAAGUAGAACUGGAAUGUGUUGCUGCUGUUUCUUCAACUUGA